AUGGACGCAAUGGAGUGGACGGGAAUCCUCAGCAUCUGCACCGUGCUGAGACAACUUCAACUGCGCUGGAGCGGCCAUCUGGUGCGCAUGGACGAGGAGCGGUUACAUAAGCAACUCUUCUAUGGAGAAGUCGCCACGGGUUCCCGCCGACAAGGAGGCCAAGUCCGGCGGUACAAGGAUAUCCUGAAGGAUUCCCUGAGGCGCCUGCAAAUCAACCCGUCCAAUUAG